CCCGGCUCUCGCUGCUCGUGCAGUUUCUUCCAGUCUCAGAGCUCAACUCCAGCGAGGCUGGAACGCGGCGCGGGGCUGAGCAGGGCGGGAGCCGGGCGGGCUCCGCCGCCUGCUCCCGCGGCUCCUCUCCGCAGCGGAGGCGGCGGGGAAGCGGCACAAGUGCGCGGCGGCUCCGCUGCCUCGCUCCUUCUGAUGCCCCUUCGCGACUGCACGCCAGCCCGGCGGCCGCAGCUCCGGGAGGAUGCGGCUCUUCCUCCUUGCUGCAACUUUCUGGGGAUUGUGCCUGGCUCCAGGUUUGGGUUUGCAAAUACAGUGCUACCAGUGUGAGGAGUUCCAGCUAAAUAAUGACUGCUCUGCUCCAGAGUUCAUCGUGAAUUGUACAGUGAAUGUUCAAGAUAUGUGUCAGAAGGAAGUAAUGGAAAAAAGCUUUGGAAUCAUGUAUCGCAAAUCCUGCGCCUCUUCAGCAGCGUGUCUGAUAGCCUCUGCUGGAUACCAGUCCUUUUGUUCUCCGGGGAAGGUGAACUCUGUUUGUAUCAGCUGCUGUAACACUCCACUCUGCAAUGGACCCCGGCCGAAGAAGAGGGGGAAUUCUGGCAUGGUGCCGAGGGCACACGUAAUAACCACUGUUCUGUUCCUUACAUUGGCUCUGUGGGUUUUGUAUUGAUAAACUUCAAGCAAGUAUUUUUUUGCCUUGACAAAGUUUGUUCUGUCUCCUUUCUUCAAAGACACUGCAGUUAUUUUCUGUUUGUUUCCAAAUCCCUGUCAACAAAGAGGGAAAUUCAGUGGUUGUGGGGAGAAAGGGGCUGGUAUUUUCGGUAGCUAAUGAAUUCAGUUAGCAGACUGAAUUUCCAGGGUGCACUUAAAAAUCCCAUCAGCGGGAUACAAAACUCUGCUUUUGUUGCAUAACUGGAAACAAAUCCACCUAUGUUAUUCCUUUUAAGAUGUAGUUAAUUCCUUGGUCAUUUUGAUUUCCAUGUUUUUAAGUUCAUUGU